AUGGCUAGUGAAGGCGACUGGACCUGCGACGCCAACGAUGCCGUUCACAUCACCGUCGUUCAGCCGGGCGAAGAAAAGCCAAAGACACUCUCCAGCUUUCACCCGCAGUUUACGUAUCCGAUCUUUGGAGAUGAAGAGCAAAUUUUCGGCUACAGAGGCUUGAUUAUCCGUUUGCGAUUCGCAGCCCAUGACCUGCGCCCACACGUCUUUAUCUCUUACGAUGAGAAGUUCAAGACCGUGGGAGAUGCCUCGGCGGUCGAUCUUUUGAAGACACUCAAGCCCUGGCUACCUGAAGAGGCCUUUAUAAACCUCCCCGACUACGAGAAAGCGGUUCAAGAAGAGGCGGAUGCGAAAGACUUCGUACCGCCGGGCAAGCUAGUGCGCAGCUAUGUCACCGGGCAACGAUCUUAUGAGAUCUGGGCGGGCUCUCUCGCUGACCCCAAGGUGCAACAACUGCUGGACCGAGCGCAGAUCUUCGUUUCUUUGUUCAUCGAAGCCGGUACUCCUCUGGCAACCGAUGACCCUGAGUGGACUCUAGAAAGAUGGACGGUUUAUUUCAUAUACGAGAAGGUAACACCACCGACCCCGACGGCCUCGCAAUACUCGCUGGUUGGAUACGCGACGACCUAUCGCUGGUGGCUCUACGAGAAAGAUCAACUGCAAAAAGCAGCUACUCGGACCGAAUCUUUCCCAUUCCCAGAGAUCAGACCUGCACAGCUUCCCGCCCGCUUGCGCAUCGCUCAAUUCCUGAUUCUACCUCCCCACCAAGGCUCCGGACACGGCACCCAUCUGUACACGACCAUCCACACAGCCUGCACCGACGAUCCGACAAUCGUCGAGUUGACAGUCGAGGACCCCAACGAAGCCUUCGACGCUCUCCGCGACACCGCCGACUAUCACAUCUUGUACCCCGAAUUUCUGAAACAGAAGGUAGACAUCAACCCCGACCCCAACAGCGCAUACUCCAAGAAGCAGCGUCCACGCCGCGUCCCGACCUCUGCUAUCAUCCCCACCAAACUCCUCAACGACAUGCGCCUCACCUUCAAGAUCGCCCCCACCCAAUUCGCCCACAUCUUGGAGAUGUAUCUCCUCGGCCAGAUCCCCGCCAAGAACCGCCACGAAGGUGGCGCGAACAUGGCCCGACUGCUGAUCAAAAAGUCCAACGCCGAGGACCCCAACGAACGAAAAUACUACUGGUGGCGCAUGCUCGUGAAGCAGCGUCUCUUCAAGCGGUCGCGCGACAUGCUCAUCCAGUUAGACAUGAGCGAUCGGAUCGAGAAGCUCGAAGAGACCGUCUCGAACGUAGAAGAGGGCUACGAGGUUCUGCUCAAGGCGUUCACCGAGCGCGAGGAGACUUUGAAGGCUAGACAAGACGAAAUUGGUGAUCUGGCCGGUCCGGAAACGACUAUCGCUGUGGAGGAGGCGGGCGCCAGCAAAGACCAGCGUGCGAAGCGCAAGUUCACCGUGGAAGACGAUGAGGAUGAGGAAGAUGAGGAGGAUGUUAAUGAUUCGGCUACGAAGCGGACAAAGGUCUAA